AUGGAACAUGUCCAGAAAGAGGCUUGGAAAGUCAUGUUUUUGGGCUCUGAGGUUCGGCUGGCUGAGAUGGUAGAAUCUGUGCUCAAAGCUAUUAAACUGGUCAACGGCUCUGUCACGGAGGCUAUUAUCCCCAGCUCGUAUGCCUCGCUUGCCUGGGCUGGUAUAAGCUUUUUAGUUUCGGUUUGUUUAAAUCCUAAGCGUCAAGAGGAGUCACUUGCAGAAGGACUGAGAUAUAUCUCCUCGCUUAUUCUGAAGUGCGUUUUGUACCAGUGGACUGGCAAGACACGGUGGAUGGGCAAGAUCCGCCUUCUGCUCGAAACGGUGCCGAUGCGAAUCCGGGGAGGUAGUUGGUUCUUGAGCGAGCUCGAAGAGAAAAUCAGCAGGCAGACCGUCAUCAUGAAUUUAGCGACUGAAGCAGUGAAAAUGCUUCUGGAUGAAUGCCAUACCAUUGAUAUCAAUGCACAUGGUGGCAUCUUUGGCACAGCUCUGCAAGCAGCAGCAUACUCAGGUCAGGCCAAAACAGUGCAAAUGUUAUUGCGUCGAAAAGACCGAGUUAUCUGUAACGAGCGCUGUGGGAAGUAUGGCAGUGCGCUUAACGCAGCCGUCAUCAGAGGUCACUGGGAUAUUGUUGAACUUUUGCUUGAAGCUGGGGAAAAGCCGGAUUACCAUAUGCUACAAGAACCCGAUGAAGAAUUCCUUACACAGAUCCGAGAAGAGCACGGUUGGGUUGCAGAAGAAAGGUAUAGAAAGUUCUGGGAAGUGGAGAAGAGAAAUUUUUAG